UCCAGCUCCUCUGCACCCCUUCUCCUCCACUGGCCUUCUCCAUGGCUGGAUAGGCAAAGGGACAACCAUGGCGCCAUGGAUGAGGAGGCAAAGCUCGUUGUGGAGGUGCCGUCCGCCGCGUCCCGUGCCGUCACCGGUGGCCGGCCUUGCCUCAUGGCGCCGAUCUGCCAGGGAUUCGGUUAAGGUCGUCCGUGUGCUGGGAUUGCCGCGUCUGGUGCUGGUGGCUGCUUCGUAUCUCCUGCUAUUCGAUUCUUCCCGUGUUCUACUAUACAAGAGCAUUUCAUUUGUGAGCGUGGAUGAGGUUUCCAAAAACGAAUCUGGAGGGGCGGAACACAUUGCCGUCGGUUUUUGGCUAUUGUAUUUGUCGGCGUGUCAUGCUUUAGAUUUCUUCACAGACAGAUGUAGGUCUCAUCACCUAAUGCAAUAGCCAUUGUGUGUAUUAUGAAAAUUGUUGAUGUGGCGUAAGG